CCUCCCCCCCGAUCGCUCCCUCCAUUCCGAUCGGCUCGCCAAGAUGGCCUAUAUGUCCAUGUCCCUCCAUGCGGUCAACCACCGCCUGACCAACGUCCCCGUCAAGCAACUACCGCAUCUCGCAUCCUGCCUCGCCGCGUCUCUCAGCAAUUGCGGGGAGCUGCUGUCCACCCCCCAGAGCCAGAAGUCGACCAAGUCGGACUCGGACAAUGCCGUUCAGAUCCAUAAGCUCGUCACUCGUCUCGGCAGUCUGCUGCAGGACCGCACAUAUGAAGGCCGCUGGACCGCCGUGGUGCUGGUCAAGGCUUUGGUGGAAGCCGGCCAGUGGGAGAUUCUUCGGGGAUGCGAACCCUUCGUUCGCGGUCUGAUCAGUAUCCUGGCGAAAUCCGACCCCGUCUCGACCAAGAAAAUGUGCAUCAUCACCUUGACCCGUAUCUUCCACUUGACCUACCAGUACCCAACGCUCGUCCGCGAGAUCACCACCCCGUCUCUACCGGGCUUCAUCACCUCGGCCCUGAACCUCAUCUCCGUCAAGCCCUCUUCCGAGCCCCUUCGGAAGCUCAAGCCCAGUACUCCCUUCGUGGAGGUUGUCCUGCAGGCAUUCAGCGAGCUCAUCGCAAGGCACCCGACUAUCUUCCGGCCCUUCACGGCGCAAAUCCACAGCGUCCUUCAGACCAUCAUCGGUUCUACCGCGCCCACGUUCCCAGAGCCCAUCUUGGAAAUCACUCAGCAACUCUUUAUCUCCCUCCACAACUGUGCCCCGAAGAACAGCGGUGGCGAAGAAUGGAAGAAUGCUUGCCGGAUGACGAUCACCUCUAUCCAUGCGACCUCUUCUUCCGUGUUCAGGGCCGCCGUUGAGCAGUGGGAGUCCGUGGAUCCGUCUGUGCGCCAAAUAUCUCACCCGCAAAACUAUGGAGAGGAGGUGGGCAAUGGGCCUGACGCUCUGGGACUCGGUAGCUGGCGGGGGCUGGAUGCGGGUGUGAACCGACUGGUGGUGCUCUUGCGGAUGCUCUCCGGCUUCCUGGGCACUGCUACCUCCUCUACUGUGGUCAUGCCCGUGGGAGCCAUUCUGGACCUGACUGCCCGCUUGAACAUGCUCACCGUGCCCUCUUCCGGCAGCGAUAUCCAAGCGAACCCGCAGAUAGGCCGUGCCGAGAGAGAGAACAUGCUCACCGAGCUGCCUCGAAUCCACGUUGCCUGUAUGAAGCUCCUGCUUCACCUGGUCAAGACCCUCGAAACCGGCGUCGUCUCGGUCGCACAGACAAUCCUGGAGCAGGCCUUGUGGGUUUUCCGCGCCGAGAAGUUCAGCCGGGAGGUCCGCGCCGGGGUGUAUGAUUUGAUUUCCGCAUUGCUUGCCCGAGUGGGCCCCUCCAUGACCAAGCAGAGUGUUUCUUCUCUGACCAGCACCCUCCGGACUUGCUGCCAUGAUCUCCUGCCGCCAGCCGGCAACCAGAAUGCGCCCGCGGAACGAUCUGACCCGAAGAACAAGACCAAAUCGAACCAAAUCACGGCGAAUGCGGACUCGUUCUUCAACCCUGGACUGAAGCAGACCCGUCAGACGAGCACGUCUUCCUCCUUCCCUUACCUCACCCGCGCUGCGUCGGAGCUCCUCGUCGCGAUCCUCACGCAUGCGCCCACCGAGUUCGUCUCCCCGGCCCUCCGUGCCGAGAUCGACCGCACGAUCAUCAUGACAUCCGACAAGAACGCCAUGCUGGCCAGCGUUCUCAACCCCUUCCCGGCCAUGCAGGGUCGGGGCGUGGGCACCAGCAUCAUGCCCUUCCUGGCCCGCAGCUAUCCCGCGGAGACGGAAGUGGAAAGCCUCAUCCGUCCGCGCAUGCCCGUGCUGAUGAACGGCUCGGCCCUCAACGGGUACACGGCCAUGGACGAGGACGAGGAGGAGGAGGAGGACGACGAAUCGGCCCCGGCGCCUUCCACCGCCCCCGAAGCCAGCGGCUUCCUCAAGCCCAUGGCCACGCCCAGUCUGCACCAAGACAUGAUGGACGUGGAGGUGUCCCCGCCCGCCAACAAACGAAGCUACGCGGAAGACGUCGAGAUGAAAGCGCCGGCGCCGUCUACUGUCGACAGCCUGGCCGGUGCCCAGAGCAAGAAGCUCCGGUUUGAGGCCGAGCAAGCCGCCGCUUCCACGCUGGGGGCCGCCUCGCCUGCCGCGUUCACCGGCACGGCCGCCAUCUCUGUCCCCACGUCCUCGAUCGCCGGCCCGGCCCCUGUGCAGACGACCACCACUGCCACCGUGACCUCGAAGCCCACCCUGGCUGGCGGAAAGAAGACGUCCGCGCUGCCGUCUGCCGAGGCCGCGGAGGACGAGAGCGACGAGGAGCUGCCCACGUUGAACAUGGAUCCGGACACGGAUGACGAGGACGACGAAUGAGCAUCUGCACGAUACAUAUAUAUCCCAUGAUAUC